AUGGUGAAUCUGCGUACGAACAGAACAUCUUCUCCAAAACAACAACAAUUAGUGAAUACAAAUAAAGUUUUAAAUCCCCCUCGACUGGAAGGAACAAAAUUGUUAUGUAAAGUGAAUGGCACAGUACGAACACCAGGAGCAUCGUUAAAUGAUGUACCACUUACAGUAUCAAAAGCAAAUUUAGCAAAAGGUGAUUUGUUCGUACUUGAUCUAAUUGAAGAUGGUACUAAAAGAAUCGUUUUACAAGUGGAUGAAGUCAAAGAAAACCAGAAUGCUCGUACACCAGAAAUUAUCAUUGAUUUAAAUAUUGCAAAAACAUUUCCUAUAAAACUAUAUGAAAAAUAUAAUAUACAUAAAGUAUCUAAACCAGAGGAUUUUGAACUUUAUUUAGUGGAGUUAACGUUAAGAGAACAGUAUUUUAGUCGUGGAGAUAUGUGGCGUUUUACAAGAAAACUAGUUAAUACUACUGUUUAUCUAAAGAAAUGUUUUGAAAUAUUUAGCAUGCGUGCUACUGUUUAUGGUCUGUGGGUGAAAAAUGCACCCUAUCGUGUAUCAUCCGGUUAUGUCACAAAACAUACAAAAUUUGUAUUUCGUUCAUUGAGCGCAUGUUGUACAUUAUUUUUACAAAUGAGUAAAGAAAUGUGGGAUUUUGAUUUGAAUGGUGAUACAUAUUAUGAAAAAGCAGUUGAUGGAUUUUUAUCUGAUUUAUUUACAAGAUGGAAGCAAUUUUCAUGUCAACAUGAUGUUACAAUGACGUUAUUUUCUCGUGUAUUUUACAAUGCUUCAGAACUUGAAGAUUUUCCAGAACAAAUGCGUUAUUGUAUCACACGAGAUUAUCGUGGACGAUUCUACGAAGAUUUUUAUCGAGUUAUUUAUCAGAAUGAACGUUACGAUGAUUGGUUACCAAAAUUAAUUAGAAUCAAACAAGUUAUCGUCGAAUAUAAAGAUUACGUUUUGAAUUAUCAUCGUAGACGUUUGAAAGAUGAUAAAGUACCGAAAGCAACAAUAUCAUGUGCAGCAGAAGGAAAUUUUCUUGAAACAUUAAAUUUAUCAUCAAGUGUAUUUGAACGACAUUAUGUUGAUCGUCCAUUUGAUCGCCUUGGUCAAAUGUCGUUAAUUAUCACACCAGGUGGUGGAGUGUUCGAAGUUGAUCGAGAAUUAGCAAAUACCACAAAACAACGAGUGUUAGAUAACGGAAUUGGUAGUGAUCUAGUUUGCUUGGGUGAGCAACCGUUAUUCGCUGUUCCAUUAUUUAAAUUUUUUAAUGAGAGUAUUAAUGUUGCUCGAGAUUAUCAGAUCCCUCACUGGAUGAACUUAAGUUAUUAUCAUAGUUCAACCGCUCCCUCAUGUUUUAAACGAUAUACACCAAGAUUACUGUUCGAUACUAAUCGUAUAAAAAAGGAUAAACUAAAACCAAUUGAUUCUAGUUCGUCGAUUGAAGAGAGUUUUAUUAAAGUACCACAUUUAUCUGGUGAAGACUAUGAUGAUCAAGUAUUCAGAACACAGCCAAAAGGAUCAGUUAAAAAUCCAUAUAUUGAUAAAUAUGCUUCAGAUUCUGCUAGAACAACCGAUCAUUUAAAAAAACGUCAUGUCACUAUGGGUUAUGUACGUUUAGAUCCAACGCCAUGUGAAGAUGAUGAAAUUAAAAUUAGUGGCGGAAUAUUGAUUAAUCACAAUAACGGUCAUAAUCCUUGGAUAGAUAAUGAUAGUGACAAAGAAUUACGACUGAUCUUAAAUGGUAGUAUCAAAGAUGAUUUGGCUCUGACAUUUCAUCAACCAUCAAGUAUCAAUCAUAUUUACAAUUCAUCCUAUACACAGCAACCAAGUAUAUUUCGACAGAUGGCUCAAAGUGCAGAAACAUUUUUUACAGAAGGUCAUGCAAGACUUCAUCCACCUCCAAAAGCAUUGUUCAAUCCGUUCGCUCCAGCUGACAUUAGAAUACCAAUGACAUACACCCGUCGACGAUGGGCACAUACAUUUCCGAUAGGUCCCAAUGAUGUGCCAUGGCAUUUCCAUCAUUUGAGGCCAAAUGAUAAAACGACAAGAAAGAUUCCAGUGAAUUUAUUUGCACAUGCUCAUAGGGUAGUGCCAGGAACUACAAAAAUGAUAAGACAUUUGUUACCUAAACACCAGCAUUCAAAAAUGGGAAGUGAUUUGAAUGGCACAAGCAGACCAAGAAGAGUUGUUCAAUCUCCUGUGAGAAUGAUCGAGAAGGCCAACAAUUCAGAUGAUACUGGAGAUGAUCAAGUGAUACCAUCGAAGAGAAGAACAGGUUCAAUGGUAGAUCAAGAUUCGAAAAUAUUACAGGGGCAUAAAUCCCCAAUACCCACAACAAAACCAUUAUCAAAGAAAGAAAAACCAAAAGCUAUCCUAUGGGGACCAACUGGUGUUGAACCAUGGAAUGCAGGAAUGAUUACUGGCAUUGAUUGGAGAUCUUUAACGAUUCCAGCCUGUUUACCUCUAACAUUUGAUUAUGUUCCACCAAUGGAAGAAAUUAAUCGUGAAUAUAAGCAAAAUUCAUAUACAUUAAUUUAUAUGUUGCCACCAAAGAAAAAAUUGGCAGUCACCGAAAGUGGAACUGAUGGCACGCAAGAUGCCACGCUUCGUCGACGAAAAGCCAUACUAGAUGAAUUAAUUGAUCAGCGGCUCUCACAGGGUUUUCAAAUGGUGGUUAUGCCAGACUUUAUCAGAAAAAAAAUGGAAGAUUCAAUAACUCAAUCGGGUUAUAAAAGUCUUGAUAUUGAUGGUUUGCUAAGUGUGGGACGUAUCUAUCAUACUCUCAGUCUUGUAAUUGGUGAAAAUUCAACCGAAGAUAGUGUAGAAAUUUAUGUACAGCAACAUAAACCACAACAUCCAAAUCCAGCAAAAUGUGUGGAUUAUAAAUAUCGUUUUCAAGCACCCGAUUCUGCAUUUUAUGAUCCAGCCCAAUUUAAAUUACAACCAGAAAAUUUAGAACAGUAUCCUUGGAAUUCUGUUGAUAAUGUUGUUUGUACACAUGGUACUGGAGACAAUCAAUUACUUGAAACGAUGAAAUAUUGGCGUACACGUUUAGUUCUUAUGCCAGCCAGCUUUGAAUAUACACCGAAAAUGAUUGAAUCUGGCGCUCGAAGAUGUGAUAGUCGAGCAGAAUUAACACCCGAACAAUUUUACCAAUAUAUUGAACAUUUUAUUCGAUUUUUACAUAUGUUAAAUAAACUAAAAUAUCUUGCUCAAGAGCGUGUGUACAGAGUAAGAACACCAGUACAAACAUUCUCAGCUGAACAAAUAUUGAAUGGCGAUUUAUCAUCGUUGCCUACGCAAGCUUUUAAAUCACUACCAUUCGUAUCUGAUCUAAAUGCACGAGUAUUACCGGACUAUUCAUUCAUCAGUGUCGAAGCUGUUUGGUGGUGUAUUGAACAUUGUACAGAUAUUGAAAAUGAACAAAUGGCAUUAAAAUUUCUACAAACAUUAUUUACAAAAGGUGUCAUUCGGCAUUGUACGGGACAAGAAAAAGAAUAUUAUCGAUUUGGCUUCUUUCUGUAUUACAUCGUGACAGAGAGAACAAAGGAUUUCCGAUUAGAAGCUAAUGAUUAUGCUGAAGUCGAAUUUUUCAAAGUCCAUGAGUAUAUACCAUCAAUGGAUUUUGAAGCGUUUCGUGAUCGAAAAUCGAUGCGUUUGUUACCAAAAAUAAUUGGUGAUGAUAGUAAACCCAAACCAUCAAUACAAUCGAAUUUUCAUAGUGAACAACAACCUAAUCACGUUUUACAAUCGGCUCAAUUGUCUUCGUUAAGUAGAAAUAAUGAAAAUAUGAUCCGAAUUGGAUCUUCGACUGUCUCUCCACCUCUCCCAGACUUACGACGAAACUGCAAUGUUGAUGUUGAUCCAUUUAAUAAAAGCGAUCGUACUGAAUGGGCAACAGCUCAUUAUCAUUCGUAUUAUAAUCCACAUUGUCUAUUUGAAUUAGAAAUACGUUGGUUAGUGGCGACAGCAUGCAUUCUAAGUGAUUUGAUCAACAGUUGGGCAGCUCGUACAAAAACUGGUAUCGGUGAAGCACAAGUUGCAUUCCAUCUAGUACCUGUACCAUGUGAUCCAUUUGCUGAGUUUGACGCACUAAGAGGUAUAUAUGCGAGAGAGAGAGAGAGAGAGAUGUUCGCCGAUGAUUUUGUCGGAAGCGGCGUAAACUUCCAGAAACAGACUUGAUUUUAUUAAUCUGUCCGUUAGAAAAUUUUGUCAUACAGACGAGCAUCCACACGCGUCCAUUCUCAUUUUCAUAAAAAAGUUCGUUCAGAUGCGUCUCUCGAUCUCGAGCGAACGAGUUUGUUCGAGAGUGCAAACAUGGCCACACGUUUUAGAGCUUUUAGGCCAAUAUGAACAAAACAUUUUAACUGCAGACGCCCUUAGAUGUGUCUUUUUCCGAAGAAGAAACGGAAACGCGUCCAAAUGCGCUUCUCACGAUCGAAAGGUCUCCAAUGUUCUGAUGUUUGGGUCGUCUAGACGCGCCUACUAUUGAAAAAGUUCAGCCAUUGUUUCACAUGCAUCGCAUUUUUCACUCAAGAUAAAAACGAGACAAAAAGCGCCUGCGAACGCGAUUCGAACGGAGGAAAUGCGUCUCGGCGCUUGAUGAAACGCUUUUUCUUCAAGUAGUUUGGAACACGUCUGAACUUGUUUUUAUGUCCACUGUUCGCUCUACUUGGGCUAGUUAUAAACAACAGAAAAGUCAUUUUAUAUUCACUCCCUAGUGAAAGUACUCAUACGAUGAGUACGACUUUACUCAUAAUUCGUCCAUGAGUACUCAUAUUGGUACUACUAACAAUUUCUGAGUAUUGUUACUCAGUGAGUACUCAGUUACUCAUGUGAGUA